AUGCGGGGACCCCGGGCGGUCCCCUUGCGCACGCGGACGCUGCCCAAGCCGUGCGUGCUGCUUCUCUUGUCCCUGCUGUUGGACCGGAUCCGUCCCCAGGGUAGCCCAGGUCCAAUGAGCUGUUACAGAGUUGAGCUCUCUGGGAACUUGAACUGCUCGUGGGAGCCUCUUGGGGACUCAGGAACCCCGUCCACGCUGUACUUCCAGAGUCAGAAGUACCAUCGCAACAGAACCCAGGUUGUGGCGGUGCCCACCGGACAGAGCUGGGUGACCAUUCCUCGAGAACAGUUCACUGAGUUUGACAUACUUCUCAUCUGGGGGGCCAAGGCAGGUGGGCCGCUCUGGCCCCCAGUUUCUGUGGACCUGAAAACCCGAGUGAAGCUGGGUGCCCCGUGGCUGUACCCGGAUGUGGACUUUUCAGAGGACGAGCCCCUGGAAACCAAUGUCCGAUGGGACUUGCCCACAAAGCUGCCCCACCCAGAGGACAUGGUCUGCCAGUUCUACUAUCGAAAAUGCCAGGAUAAAGCCUGGAUCCUGCUGGAGCCAGAACUAGAGUCCGUACGCCCAGCCCCUAUUAAGAUCCACGACCUGGAGCUAGCCACUGGCUACGAGAUGUCUGGCCGCUGUCGGAUGCAAGUAGAAGAGGAUCUGUGGGGCGAGUGGAGUCCCAUUCUGUCCUUCCAGACCCCGCCCUCUGCUCCAAAAGUAUGGGUGUCUGGACAUCUCUGUGGACCGUCAAAUGGACAGGAAGCCCUGCUUAUGUGGAAGGCCCCAGGACCCUGUGUGCAACUCAGCUACAGAGUUCAGCUCUGUAUUCAUGGUCAGAGGAGGCAGUGGGAAGGGCCAUGCUGUAACUUCUCCAUCCCCGCCCAGGCGGAAUGGGUCACGGUGGCUGCUCUCAAUGCCAUUAAUGACGUCUUCACCAACCUCUCCUUGGCCUGCUCAGGAUCUGCCCCCCAUUACGUGUCGGUCAGCAGCACUUCCGAAGGCAAGCUGCUGGUGAACUGGCAACAGGGAGCCGGGGAAUCGUGGGAGCACGUGGUAGACUGGACUCAAGAUAGGGACACCCCCCGGAACCUCAGCUGGAUCUGGCUUCCUCCUGGGAACCUUAGUGUCCUGUUGCCAGGACCUUUCGAGAAAGGAGUCCCCUAUCAGAUUACGGUGACCACAGUGUCUCCUUUGGGCUUGGCUCCUGCCCCCUCAGUCUGGGGGUUCAUAGAGGAACUAGAACCCCUAAUGGGACCUGAGCUUCGGAGGCUCCAGGAUGCCCCCUCAGGGGCUCCCACCAUCACAUGGGGAGAGGUCCCAAGGCACCAACUCCGAGGUUACCUCACCUACUACACCCUGUGUGCCCAGAGUGAAACCAGGUCGCCCAGUUGCAGGAAUGUGAGUGCAGGCACCCGGAAUGUCACCCUGCCCAACCUUUACCCGGGCACAUGGAAGCUGUGGGUGAGAGCAUCCACCAGGGCCGGCCAGGGCCCACCUGGUCCCAGCAUCCAGCUGCACUUCCCAGAUAACACAGAGAAAUGGAAAGUUCUGCCAGUUGUCAUACUUCUGUGGGUCCUGUUCCCAGUGAUCUUCAUCCUAGCCACCUCUGAAAGGUGUGUCCACCUUUGGCACAAGGUGCUGCCCCACUGGGUCUGGGACAAAAUUCCGGACCCUGCCAACAGCAAUUCCAGCCAGACCCACAUUGAGGAAGGGCCCCAGGCCCAGACCCUCCGGGACGUUCCCAUCCUGGAAGUGCAGGAAAUUGAGUCACCGAAGCCAAAUGCAGAGUCUCCACCGCCCCCUGCUACACUUGACUCGGGGUAUGAGAAACACUUUCUACCCACACCAGAGGAGCUAGGCCUCCUGGGACCGCCCAGACCUCAGGCGCUGUCUGAACCUGCAGACCACGUCCCAGGAGUGCUCACCUCAGCGGGAGAUGAGCCCUGUUGA